GGUUGGUGAGAGACUCGCCUUCCAGCUCCCAUUGUUUGCCUCUAACUGCCUCCGGCGGCGGGUCUUGCUUAGCCCUUCCUUCCUCCCUCUGUCUCUUUGUCGCCUCCUCCCGGCGGCGGGUUGCCCCAGUAGGGGCGGGGACGAGGUGGGGCGAGCCGGAGCAGCAUGAUGGCGGCAGCCGAAGCUGGAGGCGAAGAAGGCGGCUCGGGAGCGGCCGGGGAACCGGUAGGACGCUGCCCUCCUGCCGCCGCCGCCGCCCGAAACAGCAGCAAGAGCGCCGCCGCCUUUCUGGGGGGCUCCGGCGGGGGCAGCUUGAGCGCCUCUCCCGCCCCGGGGUCGCACCCGGUGGGCUCCAGGCCUGUCCCUGCGGAGAUGUCCAAGGGCUCGCCGCUCCCGCUGCAGUUUCCCGAGGGCAGCUCCAGUACCACCAUCACCACCUCAGGCGGGUUCCCCCCGCUGCCACCGCCUCCGCAGCCGCCGCUUCCGGCAGGGGGGCUGAGCACUGUGGACGAGGGCGACUCGCUGGACGGGCCCGAGUACGAAGAGGAGGAGGUGGCCAUCCCGCUCAACGCGCCCCCAGCCAACCAAUGGUAUCAUGGAAAGCUUGAUAGAACAAUUGCAGAAGAACGUCUUCGGCAAGCAGGGAAACCUGGGAGUUACCUUAUUCGAGAGAGUGAUCGGAGGCCUGGAUCAUUUGUACUUUCAUUCCUUAGUAAAACAAAUGUUGUUAACCACUUCAGGAUUAUUGCUAUGUGUGGUGAUUAUUACAUUGGUGGACGACGGUUUUCUUCACUUUCUGACCUGAUAGGUUACUACAGCCAUGUGUCUUGUUUGCUUAAGGGGGAAAAAUUAUUGUUUCCUGUAGCACCUCCAGAGCCAGUAGAGGAUCGCAGAAGAGUCCGAGCCAUUCUGCCAUAUACUAAAGUGCCAGAAACAGAUGAAAUAAGCUUCCUUAAAGGAGACAUGUUUAUUGUUCACAAUGAAUUAGAAGAUGGAUGGAUGUGGGUUACAAACCUACGUACAGAUGAACAGGGGCUUAUAGUAGAAGACUUAGUGGAGGAAGUGGGCCGUGAAGAAGAUCCACAUGAAGGAAAGAUAUGGUUCCAUGGGAAAAUCUCCAAACAGGAGGCUUACAACUUGCUGAUGACAGUUGGGCAGGUGUCAAGUUUUCUUGUGAGACCAUCUGAUAAUACACCUGGAGAUUACUCUCUCUACUUUCGAACAAGUGAAAACAUACAGCGUUUUAAAAUAUGUCCAACGCCAAACAACCAGUUUAUGAUGGGGGGCAGGUACUAUAACAGUAUUGCUGACAUCAUUGAGCACUAUAGAAAAGAACAAAUUGUUGAAGGUUACUAUCUUAAGGACCCUGUACCAAUGCAGCAUCAAGGACAAGUGCUUAAUGACACAGUGGAUGGAAAAGAAAUCUACAAUACAAUUCGUCGUAAAACAAAGGAUGCAUUCUAUAAAAAUAUUGUUAAAAAAGGAUACCUUCUGAAGAAAAGCAAAGGAAAGCGGUGGAAGAAUUUGUACUUUAUUUUAGAGGGCAAUGAUGCCCAACUUAUUUAUUUUGAAAGUGAAAAACGAGCCACAAAACCCAAAGGAUUAAUAGAUCUUAGUGUAUGUUCUGUUUAUGGUGUUCAUGAGAGUCUGUUUGGCAGGUCUAACUGUUUCCAGAUAGUAGUUCAGCACUUUAGCGAAGAGCAUUACAUCUUUUACUUUGCAGGAGAAACUCCAGAACAAGUACAGGACUGGAUGAAAGCUUUGCAGACAUUCUGCAACUUACGAAAAACUAGUCCAGGGACAUCUAACAAACGUCUGCGUCAGGUCAGCAGCCUUAUAUUGCAUGUUGAAGAAGCCCAUACACUUCCAGCAAAACAUUUUACUAAUCCUUACUGUAAUAUCUACCUGAAUAGUGUACAGGUAGCAAAAACACAUGUACGAGAAGGACAGAAUCCGGUGUGGUCAGAGGAGUUUGUUUUUGAUGAUCUCUCAUCUGAUAUCAACAGAUUUGAAAUAAGUCUUAGUAAUAAAACAAAGAAGAGUAAAGAUCCAGAUAUAUUAUUUAUGAGAUGCCAGUUAAGCAGACUACAGAGAGGACAGGCAACAGAUGAAUGGUUUCAGCUCAGUUCGCAUGUACCUCUGAAAGGUAUUGAACCAGGCUCUUUGCGUGUCCGAGCAAGAUAUUCCAUGGAAAAAAUAAUGCCAGAAGAAGAGUACAGUGAAUUUAAAGAGUUGGUACUGCAAAAAGAGCUACAUGUGGUCUACGCAUUAUCACACGUAUGUGGACAGGAUCGGACACUACUGGCUAGCAUUUUAUUGAAGAUUUUUAGUCAUGAAAAUCUGCAAGCAUUAUUGUUGCGAACGCUAAAUGACAGGGAAAUAAAUAUGGAAGAUGAAGCCACAACUUUAUUCCGUGCCACCACACUGGCAAGUACGCUUAUGGAGCAGUAUAUGAAAGCUACAGCCACACAGUUUGUUCUCCAUGCUCUAAAGGACUCCAUUUUAAAAAUAAUGGAGAGCAAGCAGUCUUGUGAGUUAAAUCCUUCUAAGUUAGAAAAAAAUGAAGAUGUAAAUACUAAUUUAACACAUCUGUUGAGCAUACUUUCAGAAUUAGUGGAGAAAAUAUUCAUGGCUGCAGAGAUACUACCUGCAACAUUAAGAUAUAUUUAUGGUUGUUUACAAAAAUCUGUUCAGAACAAGUGGCCAGCAAACACCACCAUGAGAACAAGAGUGGUUAGUGGCUUUGUUUUUCUUCGGCUGAUUUGCCCUGCCAUUCUAAAUCCAAGGAUGUUUAAUAUCAUCUCAGAUUCUCCUUCUCCUACUGCUGCAAGAACACUGACGCUGGUCGCCAAGUCUGUGCAGAAUUUAGCUAAUCUAGUUGAGUUUGGAGCAAAGGAACCCUAUAUGGAAGGUGUAAAUCCAUUCAUCAAGAGUAACAAACAUCGGAUGAUCAUGUUUUUGGAUGAACUUGGGAAUGUACCUGAACUUCCAGAUGUUACAGAGCCUUGUAGAACUGACUUGCCUCGUGAUCUAGCAGCCCUACAUGAGAUCUGUGUGGCUCAUUCAGAUGAACUUCGAACACUCAGCAAUGAGCGUGGGGCAAUGCAGCAUGUAUUAAAGAAGUUACUGGCUAUUACAGAACUGCUUCAACAAAAGCAAAAUCAGUAUUCUGUGUCCAACAAUAUCAGGUAGCAGCUUUCCUCAUUGAACUUUGCAUGAAUCCAGCAUGUCCAAUACAAUAACUUUCACCAAUAUCACUUCCUUCUUGCUCUUGCCAAAAAUAGCACACACGUUUCACGUACGCGGUGAUGUGUGAACUAUGCAAAAAAAAAAACCUGUUGGUGACAGUGUACCAGCAGCUUUAAGCUAUCUGUGCAGGACACUUGCACUUUCUUCCAUUUGGAACCAAUUUUCACAACCUCUGAGCCUUGGUGUACAGAUCACCUUCCACAAAGACUGUGACUGUCUCUUGAACUUUAUUUCAGCACCUCCAAUUGCCAAAGUCUUGCUGUCUUGUGGGGGAAAAAAACAAAACUAUAGUCAACUGCCAAGGAAAUAUCAACAGCAAAGUAUAACUGGAUUGAGAACAUUUCUUACUGUAAUUUGACUGGUUACCCUUACCGAGACUGUUCAGCCACUUUUAAUUUGUAUUUACAGCUUCUGGAGUUUGAUAGGAAAUCUUUGCUGUAUCCUUUUUAUGCCAUACUAUUUCUCUUGUUUAGAGCUGUGCUGAGAGAAGAUGUGGACUAGGUUUUCUCAGCUUUGGGGGUUUUUUUAUGUGCCAUUGAUUUGUUUUGAGUAAUUUGUUUCAAGGGCUGUAUCCAGAAAUCACAAUGCUUUUUGUAAAAUGUUUACAACAGUAAAUAAAUCAAAUUCAGUAAGUUUAUUGAUAAUUGUAUCAGGCAUGCAUUAAUUAAACAGUUUUAUAGCAUACAAA